CGGGCGGCCGGGUGCGCGCGGCGGGCAGGGGGCGGAGCCCGAGCGCGAGCUGGAGCCGGAGGCGACGGGCGGCGGCCGCACUCGGACUUGUGGUCCCGCGCGCUGCCCGCGUUUCGUCCCUGAGGAACCUAGGAAGAUUCUACAAUGAAUGGUGACACUCAGGCUGCAGUGGUGACCUCACCACCCCCGACCACAGCCCCUCACAAAGAGAGGUACUUCGACAGGGUGGAUGAGAAUAAUCCAGAAUACCUGCGGGAGAGGAACAUGGCACCUGACCUUCGCCAGGACUUCAACAUGAUGGAGCAAAAAAAGAGAGUGUCCAUGAUCCUGCAGAGUCCUGCUUUCUGUGAAGAGUUGGAAUCAAUGAUACAGGAACAAUUUAAGAAGGGGAAAAACCCCACCGGCCUGCUGGCAUUACAGCAGAUUGCAGAUUUUAUGACCACAAAUGCUCCGAGUGUCUACCCGGCGGCCCCGCAAGGAGGAAUGGCUGCCUUGAACAUGAGUCUUGGUAUGGUAACUCCUGUGAACGACCUUAGAGGAUCUGAUUCUAUUGCCUAUGACAAAGGGGAGAAGUUACUGCGGUGUAAAUUGGCAGCAUUUUACAGACUGGCAGAUCUCUUUGGGUGGUCUCAGCUUAUCUACAAUCAUAUCACAACCAGAGUGAGCUCCGAGCAGGAACACUUCCUCAUUGUACCUUUUGGGCUUCUCUACAGUGAAGUGACUGCAUCCAGUUUGGUGAAAAUCAAUCUGCAAGGAGAUGUUGUAGACCGUGGGAGCACUAAUCUAGGCGUCAAUCAAGCUGGCUUCACGCUGCACUCCGCGAUCUAUGCUGCGCGGCCAGACGUGAAGUGUGUGGUCCAUAUUCACACGCCUGCAGGGGCCGCGGUCUCCGCGAUGAAAUGUGGGCUCCUGCCCAUCUCCCCGGAGGCCCUUUCCCUUGGAGAAGUGGCUUAUCAUGAUUACCAUGGGAUUUUGGUUGAUGAAGAGGAAAAGGUUUUAAUCCAGAAAAAUUUGGGUCCUAAAAGCAAGGUCCUCAUCCUCCGGAACCACGGGCUGGUGUCCGUCGGAGAGAGCGUCGAGGAGGCCUUCUACUACAUCCACAACCUCGUGGUUGCAUGUGAGAUCCAGGUUCGAACUCUGGCCAGUGCAGGAGGGCCAGACAACUUAGUCCUCCUGGACCCGGGAAAAUACAAAGCCAAGUCCCGCUCCCCGGGGGCCCCGGCAGGGGAGAGCACCGCCUCGCCGCCCAAGUGGCUGAUCGGUGAGCAGGAGUUUGAAGCCCUCAUGCGGAUGCUCGACAACCUGGGUUACAGAACUGGCUACCCUUACCGCUACCCGGCUCUGAGAGAGAAGUCUAAGAAAUACAGCGAUGUGGAGGUUCCUGCUAGUGUCACAGGUUACUCCUUUGCUAGUGACGGGGAUUCGGGCACUUGCUCUCCUCUCAGACACAGUUUUCAGAAGCAGCAACGAGAGAAGACAAGAUGGCUGAACUCUGGCCGGGGUGACGAUGCCUCUGAGGAAGGGCAGAACGGAAGCAGCCCCAAGUCGAAGACUAAGGUGUGGACGAACAUUACACACGAUCACGUGAAACCCUUGCUGCAGUCUCUCUCGUCCGGUGUCUGCGUGCCAAGCUGUAUUACCAACUGCUUGUGGACUAAAGAGGAUGGACAUAGAACCUCCACCUCUGCCGUCCCUAACCUGUUUGUUCCAUUGAACACAAACCCGAAAGAGGUCCAGGAGAUGAGGAACAAGAUCCGAGAGCAGAACCUGCAGGACAUUAAGACGGCCGGCCCCCAGUCGCAGGUGCUGUGUGGCGUGGUGAUGGACAGGAGCCUCGUCCAGGACGCACCCCUGUCUGACUGCACGGAGACAAUCGAAGGGCUCGAGCUCACAGAGCAGACCUUUAGUCCAGCUAAACCUCUCCCUUUUAGAAAGGGGGAGCUGGUGACAGCCUCCAAGGCCAUCAUUGAGAAGGAGUACCAGCCCCACGUCAUCGUGAGCACCACAGGCCCCAACCCCUUCAACACGCUCACGGACCGCGAGCUGGAGGAGUACCGCAGGGAGGUGGAGCGCAAGCACAGGGGCCCCCCAGAGAGUCUGGACGAGACCAGAGAGCAGACAGACAGUCCUCCAGAGCCCCUUGCUGCCCCCUGCUCCCCCGUCAAGCUGGAGGAAGACCUGCAGGAUGCUGUUUUCGGAGACGACAGUGAUGCUGCCACCUUUAAGCCCACUCUCCCUGACCUGUCCCCUGAUGAGCCUUCAGAAGCGCUUGGCUUCCCGACACUGGACAAGGAGGAGGAAGAGGGGCUUGGCGAAGCCCAUGGCCCUCCCAGCCCCACCAGGUCCUCCACGGUGGCCAGUCCUGAGCCAGCCUCGGCCCCGGCGGCGGAAGAGGCCCCCUCCCCAGCUGCUGAGGGGGCUGCCGCAGACCCAGGCAGCGAUGGGUCUCCCGGCAAGUCCCCCUCCAAAAAGAAGAAGAAGUUCCGCACCCCCUCCUUCCUGAAGAAGAGCAAGAAGAAGAGCGACUGCUGAAGGCCCGUCCUGCACACACCGACUGUCUCGUGUUGUCUUCCUGUGUCACGGAAUGCGAAGCCCACCC